AUGAAGGCGAUUGCCAGGUCUUAUGUUUAUUGGCCAACUCUCGACAGCGACAUUGUUGAUUUCGUCAAAUCCUGCCGUCAAUGUGUGACGGCUGCGAAAACACCGCCGAAGUCAGAGCCUUUGUCAUGUCCUAAAUCAACAAAACCGUGGCAGCGCGUUCACCUUGAUUAUGCUGGACCGAUCGACGGGGAAUACUACCAGGUUGUCGUAGACUCUUUUUCGAAAUGGUCUGAAAUUGUACAGACGAGAAGUAUCACUACAGCCGCCACAGUGAAAAUCCUCAGAGAUCUGUUCGCUCGCUUGGGAAUGCCAGAGACACUGGUGAGUGAUAAUGGAUCCCAGUUCACCAGUGCAGAGUUUCAAUCGUACUGUACGAACAACGGCAUCGAGCAUCUUACAACAGCACCGUUUCACCCUCAAUCGAACGGUCAAGCCGAGCGACUCGUGGAUACGUUUAAGCGAUCGAUUAAAAAGGUUAUGGAGGGAAGAGCGACAAUGUGUGAUGCUCUCAGUACAUUUCUUCAGGUUUACCGGAGUACACUUUGUUUUUCUUCUCCAGACGGCAAAUCACCAGCAGAAGAUUUGUUCGGUCGUCCGAUUCGUACUAGUUUGGAUCUGCUCCGUGCACCAUCCGAUCGUGUACAUUUGGAACAAUCGAGUGAAAUUCAUCCCUUAAAGCGACAAUUCAUCGUUAAGGAUACGGUGUAUGCAAAAGUAUUCGUCAAGAACUAA